AAAAAAAGAAGAAAAGAACUGGAAAAAAGGACCAAUAGAGUUAUUGUACUCUGGACAGUUUACAGACUUUGUAAGGGGGGUUGGAAGUAAAAAAAAAAAAAAAAUUGGCAGGCUAAGAGUGUGUGUUGGACACAACUUUCUCAUCCGUGCAGAGUGUUUCACGGCAACUGGGCAGCAAGUAUGUCUAAAAAGCGAAAGGUCUCACUCAUGGAGGUGUGGCUCAGGAAUCAGGCAGCACACCUGAAGGAAGCUGAAAAUCUGAAACUAUGGCCUCGACAACUGGCGUUGCUAAGAGAGCCCGAAGUGGUUUCCUCUCUUGUCCAACAGAAUGUGAAGAUGGUGUCUUUGCUCCCCCCGGCAGGGACCGAUGUGUUCCGCCGUUUCACACCGGAGUCCCUUGCUGAUUGUGAGCACCUCAAGACCAAGAACGAUGCUGAACGGGUGCACAAGAAAGAGAUCCCUGAUGAGGAACUGUCCAAACCGUCCAAAGACCUGGAAGCUGGAAAAUCUUUACCUUUUAUCUAUGGAGACCCUCCACCUGAGCUCCUUAACAUCCCCCUGGAAGAGCUCGAUCCCUACUACAGGUCCAAGAAAACUUUCAAUGUGAUCAGCAAAGGAAAUACAAUCAAUAGGUUCAAUGUGGAUCCAGCCUGUUACAUUCUCAGUCCCCUUAACCCCAUCCGAAGGGUCGCCAUCCGGAUACACUUACACUCAUUGUUCAGCAUAUUCAUCAUGCUAACAAUCCUGUUGAACUGUUUUUUCCUGACGAUAAACCGUAUGCCACAGUGGGGGAAUAUUAUGGAGUAUGUCUUCAUAGGUAUCUACACAUUUGAGGCUCUAAUUAAAGUCUUGUCCAGAGGGUUCUGUAUUGGACACUUCACGUACCUUCGAGAUCCAUGGAAUUGGGUGGAUUUUAUUGUGGUCAUCAUGGCGUACAUCACAGUCUUUGCAGAGAUUGGAAAAGUCUCAUUUUUGAACCCCUUGCGUGUGAUUCGUGUCCUGAAAGUAUUCACUAUAACUCCAGGUAUAAAAAACGCCGUUGGUUCAGUGGUUCAGUCCGUGAAGAAGGUGGGAGACGUCGUAAUCCUGAUCGUCUUCUGUCUCAGCGUUUUCGCCCUCUUGAGCAUGCAGCUGUUCAUGGGAAAUCUGCGCCAUAAAUGUGUGCUGUGGCCUCCAGCAAGCUCCAACGAUACUGCAGAUACAAACAGCACUUUCGACUUUGAAGAAUUCCGCAACGAUCAAUCGAAUUACUACUAUUUGCGUGAUCACAUAGACCCACUGCUUUGUGGAAACAGCUCAGAUUCUGGGAGAUGUCCUGAGGGAUACAUUUGUAUGAAAGCAGGAAGGAAUCCAAAUUAUGGAUACACCAAUUAUGACACCUUUGGUUGGUCCUUUCUCGCCCUCUUCCGACUCAUGACACAGGACUUCUGGGAAAACUUGUUCCAGCUGACUCUCCGGUCAGCAGGGAAGACCUACCUGAUCUUCUUCAUGGUCAUUAUGUUUGCAGUGUCUUUCUACCUGAUCAGUAUGAUUUUGGCUGUGGUGGCAAUGGCAUGUGCAGAGAAGAACGAAGCGACUAUAGCUGAAGCUAAAAGGAAAAAGAAGGCGUAUGUCAAGAUCAUGGAGCAACUCAAAAAGCACUCUGAGUCUAGGGAGGUUGCUGAAUCAAAUGGAUCCAAAGGAACUAUGGACCUAAAUGAAGUACCUGAAUCAGAAGAGUUGAAGAGACGAUGCUCACCUUGCUGGUACAAAUUUGCAGACAUUUUCCUAAAGUGGAACUGCUGUACACCCUGGGUCAGAUUUAAAAAAUGGCUUUACUUCAUUGUGAUGGAUCCUUUUGUGGACUUGGGCAUCACUAUCUGCGUCAUACUAAACGUUGUGUUUUUGGCCCUUGAACAAUAUCCAAUGACUGUAGAAUUAAAUGAUGUCGUAGCUCUUGGGAAUUUGGUGUUCCUAGGCAUCUAUACAUUGGAGAUGAUCCUUAAAAUCAUAGCCAUGGACCCAUACCACUACUUCAAGGCUGGAUGGAAUAGGUUUGACAGCUUUAUUGUGAUUACCGGCCUUUUGGAACUCUUCUUGGCUGAUGUAGAAGGACUGUCUGUGCUCCGCGUCUUCCGAGUUAUGCGUAUCUGUAAGUUGGGAAAGCCAUGGUCUACCCUGAACUUCGUGUUUAUGAUCAUUGGUAAUGCUCUGGGUGCCCUGAGGAGCCUGAGCUUCCUCCUGGCCAUCAUCGUCUUCAUCUUUGCUGUGGCGGGCAUGCAACUGUUUGGGGAAAACUACAAGGACUGUGUUUGUAAAAUUGCGGCGGACUGUGGACUUCCACGCUGGCACAUGACAGACUUUUUCCAUUCAUUCCUAAUUGUGUUUCGGAUCCUGUGUGGUGAGUGGAUUGAAACCAUGUGGGACUGCAUGGAGGUUGCAAACCCUACCAUGUGCAUUACCUUCUACAUGAUGGUCCUUAUAAUUGGAAAAGUGGUGCUUUUGAAUCUCUUCCUGGCAUUGCUGCUCAGCUCCUUCAGUGGAGACAAUCUGGCAUUAUCCAAUGGUGAAGUGAACAACCUGCAAAUUGCCAGAUCAAGAAUCAGCAGGGGCAUUAACAGGGUCAAGGCACACAUAAGUCAUUUGUUUGGCAGGAAAUCAAGGGAAGAUGAGAAAAAGGGGAAAAAAAUAGGCUUGAACUACAUGGACAAGGAUGGGGCAGAGGACGAGACAAAGGUGGAGCUGAAAAAGCUUAAUGAUCCUCUUAAAAUAACUCUUGUUCCAAUCGCGAAAGGAGAGACUGAUUUUGAAAGCCCUUGUCUUGAUGACACUGUUUCUGAGAAUGAAGAGAAGAUCGAUGAAAAGAAGAAACUGAAAGAAGAAAAUGACCUCUCCAGCUGCAGCACUAUAGACAAAGUUCCAGAGGUGGAGAAGGCAGAUUCAAAUGAUGAAACAGAUCAAAUGACCCCAGGGGACUGCUGCUCAGAGAAAUGCAUUAGAUGCUGCCCAUGCCUAAAUUUGGACAUCACCAAGGGCAAAGGAAAGAAAUGGUGGAACUUCCGUAAGAUCUGUUAUGCCAUUGUGGAGCACAGCUAUUUCGAAGCCUUCAUCACACUCAUGAUAUUUCUCAGCAGCAUUGCCUUGGCAUUUGAAGACAUUUACAUGGAGCAGCGAACGGUCAUUAAAAUCAUCCUUGAAUAUGCAGAUCAGGUCUUCACCUACAUUUUUGUCAUUGAGAUGCUCCUGAAAUGGUUUGCGUAUGGGUUCAAGACUUAUUUCACCAAUGCUUGGUGCUGUCUGGACUUCUUCAUUGUCAAUGUCUUUCUGAUCGGCAUGACGUCGAACUUUCUGGGUUACUCCGCAUUCAAACAUAUCAAACCCCUGAGGCCUCUUCGCAUCCUGUCCAGAUUUGAAGGAAUGAGGGUGGUGGUUAAAGCCCUGGUUGGUGCCAUUCCCUCCAUGUUUAAAGUGAUGGUGGCCUGGAUAAUCUUCUGGUUGAUCUUUAGCAUAAUAGGCGUAAACCUGUUUGCUGGAAAAUUCCACUAUUGCUUUAACACAACCUCUGAAGAGUUUUUCACAAUUGAUGUGGUGAACAAUAAAACCGAAUGUUUAGAGCUGAUUCAUGAGAACAAUGCGAUGGAUGAUGUGCGAUGGAUGAACAUAAAGAUCAACUACGAUAACGUGGCCAUGGGCUUCCUCGCCUUGUUUCAAGUGGCAACAUUUAAAGGUUGGAUGGACAUCAUGUAUUCUGCUGUUGAUUCUCGUAUGGUGGAGGACCAGCCACAAUAUGAGGCAAACCUCUACAUGUACGAGUACUUUAUUUUUUUCAUCAUCUUUGGGGCCUUCGUUACCCUCAUCUUAUUCAUCGGUAUCAUCAUUGAUAACUUCAAGAAACAAAAAUUGAAGAUAAGAAAAAACCCUUUUAUCACAGAGAGCCAGAAGAAAUAUUGUGACGCUUUGAAAAAACGUGGCUGUAACAAACCUCAGAAACAGAUUCCACGCCCCAAGAAUUGUUUGCAAGUCUUCAUCUACAACAUUGUCACAAAGGAGUCGUUCGAAAUCCUGAUGGUGGGCUUGAUCUUUCUGCACAUGGUCGCCCUGAUGGUGGAGACGGUUGACAUGAGCUUCGAGACGGAGACUAUCCUGUUUAUGAUCGACUUCAUCUUUAACGUCAUUUACACUUUAGAGUGUGUGUUUAAGCUCAUCGCCCUGCGGAAGUAUUACUUUCACAUUGGAUGGAAUAUUUUUGAUUUUAUUCUGGUUUUGCUUUCAAUUUUGGGCAUGUUCUUAGCAGACAUCUUUGAGGUGUACCUUGGGUCUUCUCGGGUUAUCUAUAUCAUCCGACUUGCAAGAAUUGGCCGCAUUCUGCAUCUGAUCCGACCUGCUAAAGGCAUCCGAGCUCUCCUGUGCUCCGUGAUGGUGUCCCUCCCUGCCGUCGUUAACAUCUGCCUCGUCUUCUCUGUGAUCAUGUUCAUCUUCUCCAUUUGUGGCAUGUACAACUUUGCCUAUGUAAAAAAAUCUGCCGUCAUUGAUGACAUGUUCAAUUUUGAGACCUUCGGAAACAGUCUAAUAUGUCUGUUCAUAACUGCAACAACUGCUGGAUGGGACGGGUUUAUGAACUCUAUCAUUACCAGACCUCCUGACUGUGACCCGGACUUUUAUAAUCCUGGCUCGGAUGUAAAGGGUAACUGUGGGAAUACUGCUGUGGGAAUAAUCUUCUUUUGCACUUACGUAGUGAUAUCCCUGUUUCUGGUGGUCAACAUGUACAUCGUCGUCAUUCUGGAGAACUUCAACAUUGCAACAGAGGAGAGCAGCGAGUCUUUAUGUGAGGACGACGCCAAGAUAUUCGAGUCGAAUUCGGAGGAGAAAUUCAGGGUGAACAAGCUGGAAAGCAGCACUCUUGAACCAGAGCAGGAGGAAGUGGCUGCUAAGGUCAUCCAGAGAGCCUACCGCGAAUACAAACUCAAGUCCCCGUGUGAGAAGGCGUCGGGUGGAGUUCUGCAGAACAAGGUCACCGCCUCUGUCACUGCUCCUGGCACGACCUCUGAGAAAAACGUGCAGUCAGUGGUCUAGAAACAUCUUGCAAUUUUUCGGGUUACAUAUUCAUCAAAGGUUUUUACAAAACUGCUGGUUUACCUCCAAAUAUGUCACUUUCCUAAGGUGAAAAGAGUGUUUCGAAAAAGAGGUUUUGUCAGAUUGUAAUGGAUUCUCCUUCUGUCUGUAGACUACAGACAACAAAAUAAUGAGAAAUGGGGAAAAUUUUCACAACCUUGUGCGUGCUAGCACACUAACCAUUUUAAAUACAAAAGGUACAGUACCAAAGGGGAGUGGGGUGCAUUUGGUUGAUUUUAAUUUUUUCUUAAAUAUAAUGAAGAAAAGCUUUGCAGUAUUAGGUUAAAAUAUGUUCAAUGUACUGUACCAGUGUUUUUGGGUUUCCAGACAGUUUCGGAAUCAAAAUAUUCAUUCACAUUUGAAGCAGGUCAGUGUACAUAAUAAUGUAAUUCAUUAUAGAUGGGUUUAUCCUUAAAUAUAAAUAUAUACAUGGUUAUAAUUUAGGAAGCCUCCUGGGCGAUGGCGGACAAGUGGGCAAACAUCUGAAUAUUACAGUAUUUCAAAAUGGGCUUAAUUACUUAUUUGCUUUUUUAUACAUUUUCUUGAUACAUUUUGUGCAAAUGUUUUAUCAUAGUUUAUUCACUGUUAUGGCCACAGGCAAAACUAAAUAAUACAGAAUAGCGAUAAAACUACACAAAACAAAAAUCCUUGUUGAUCAGUUUGCCUUUAGAUCCUAGAGUGAUUCCAAGGAAGUGUUUUAUUAAAUGCACAAACAUUAGUGAUUAAAACCAGUGAGCCUUGAGAUACAAAACAUUAUUGACUUAGUAUUAACUCAAACUUCAUCAAUAAUAAU